AUGGCCCUUUUCAGUUCGCAAUGGGCCUCCGCCCUGGUCGAGCUACCCACGCUGACCUUCCAUCACGCCCUGCUUCCCCUCAGCAUCUUCUCUGCGCUCCAUGGCAUCCGCGUCUCCAUGGCAUACCGUCAGGCCCUGGAGCAUGCUGCGGAGCAGUCCCUCAGGGACGGCACAGGAACCAGGCCUGCUCGUGUACCCUGGGGCCAAGCCCUGCUCUCCGUCCUCACAAUGUCCCUUGGCGGCGGCUUCACUGCCAGCAUGUUACUUGGUAUGCCUCCCUCAUGGCUCGGCUCCAACAUAACGGUCCCAACAUACGCUCUGUCUUUCGUCUUGGUCCAGUACACGUUCCUGUACGAUGUGCUAAAGGACAUGGUCCCCCCCGCGAUCCUUAAUCCUAUCCUCCUUAUCGCUGACGGAUCUCUGAGAGCACUGUCGAUUGCCAAGCUGGGUGUGGACGGCUCUAGGAUGCGCUUUGCAGCAGACAGCCACCAGGGUGGUGCAGGAGGCGUAAGCGAGCCCUGGUUUGCGAUGCUGUUGCUGGGUAUGAUUGCUGGCUCGGGCGGCGGUAUGUGGGCAGAUCUGCUCAAGAUGAAGACGCACCAAUGGACGCUCUCUACCCCCACAUUCGUUCACUCUGCCACAUACGAUAUGAAGGCGGCUUUAUUGAGCGCGCUUUUCUAUGCCGCAUCGACCUCUCCACAACUCCAUGGAUUACUGCGUGGAGGAGAUGCAGAAUAUCCGCUUUUCAAGAGUGGGCUGCUUGAACCGCAGGAUGCAAAGGCGAUGACCAUCCUGGUUAUGUGCACGGUUUUGCUGGGCCAGAAUGCGGAUAUAGCCUCCUACGGCUCAGUGCCUCUGAGCUGGAUCAGUUCGCUUCAGUCCAAAGCAGCGGUCUCCAAGAAGAACGACGAUGACGAUGAAUACGAGUCCAUUGGGUUGGCCAGGGUAGGCCAGGACGAUACAGCGCCCCAUCGUCCUUUGAGAAGACGCGGGCGACCAGCAAAGGUGUUGGCAGAGACGGCGCUGACAGCGGAAGAGGAUGGGGAAGAUGAAGAGGAGGAGUCUGUAAAGAAGAGCAAUCAGGGUAGGAAAAGGGCUAGCAGCAAGAAACCGGUAACACCAGAUCCAGAUACACAUUCGACUCGUAAUAGCACCCGUAUUCGCAAGCCGACCCGUAAGGACCUUUGA